AGUUUUGUAUCAGUUAUCAGCGGUUGUCGCUGUCGUCUUGCGCCUUGCUACACUUUUCCUUAAGUUGUUUCCACGACUCAGAACAAGAAGGGAUUCUUCACUGCCUUCAAUCAACACAUCUUUACAACCAUGAGGUCACUUGCCCGCCUCGUGGUCUGCGUGAUUCUGGCAUCCUCCACAACUCUGGGGGAUGAUCCGUGUGCUAACAUGACUGUUGGCGCCGUUAAAAACGGCACCGCUAUCCCGAAAAUCCCUAUGAACGCUUUCUCAACUGACAUCAGGGUCAUCAUCCUCAACAAGAACAUGACGAUCGAUGCUAAAGAAUACGCCGACGAAGCGAUGAAGGCUGGUGCUCUUGUCAUGUACUUCAAUGGCUCGAGGACCACCCUGAUCCUUGACUACAAAAAUAACCAAGUCUACACCUUCGGCAGUCAGGCGGGAACGAGUGACAAGAACAAUGACUUGUGCACAGCAACGAACAUGACCGCGGACAUCGACACACAGCUGUUCGGAGGGUCCAACUCCAGCUCUGGGGCCUCCAUGCCUCACAUGUUCUCUACAUCAAGAAUCCUACAACUAGCAAAUAACUCGGUUAUGAUAGGACGACAAACCCUGGAUAGCGGGAUUCCUGCUGACCACUGGUCAGCCUGUAUGCACUGGAGUCAGAUGAACUCAACGUUUCGUGUUGACUAUUACUUCACAGUUGCCAACUACACUUCUCCCAGCGGACCUCAGCCUGUCCCAGCACAAGCUGAAGUUCAGGGUAUAACCACCCACCCGAAUGGCACCGUGACCAAAUUCCAUCACAUCUAUCAGUAUGUGAACUUUCGACCUUACAUUGACGACCCCGAGAACAUGCUAAACACACCACCCGGAGUGUUCUGCUUGCAACGGUCCAGCCCAGUCAAGGUACCCAACCUUAAAAACAGCUUUUAUUACCAGGAGGAGAUAAUCGACCCCAAUCUGUCAGACACUUCAGAAUUGUCCAUCUGGUACAACUACGAUAUGCAACUCUUGAGGUAUGACUCGCGUCAAGCGCCUAUCACCACAUCGACGACACUCAGCGGACUGGGCCCUACACCGUCAUCCAUGACUUCAGUACAGGGGUGCAAUAUGCCAUUGAUCAGAGCAAUCAAGUCUGCAGCAUAGACCCUCUUCCGACAACAUCCAUGGGGUUCGAUUCUUCGCUGAACAUCACUCGCGACACACAGAGCAUGCGCAACCCUCAGCAGUUCUUCUAC